AUGACAGACGACUUUGCGUAUGAUGAAGCUGUUGGUACAGCUGGUGAAUUCGCUAGUGAUGACAAGAAAUAUGGAAAUUCGGAAACGGGCGACGGAUUCCGAUUUCGUCGUCGAGGACUAUUUGGUCUUCGGGGAAGAACUAUGUAUGAACGAUUCGAAAAAUUAAUGGCACAGUAUCAAACUUUAGCAAAACCAGAAAGAGCGGCAAUCAUAGAAAAUGCAAUGGUAAUUGCUUCUACAAUGUGGAAAAAGCCAAAUUUGCAAAAUGGAACGCCUUUAACACAGUAUGCUGAUGGUACCUUCCUUGGAUUUUCCAUGCUAUGGUUCAAGUUAACUGGUGGUAUUGAGAAGCUUCCCAUUGCAGCUAAACAAUAUGCAAAAUUUUUACGAGCAUUAGAAUGCGGUGGCGAUUUAUAUCCUGGCCAAGGGCAAAAGUGUCAGUUCAAUGCUACACAUCAAGGUUUCUGUACACCCUAUUGUAUAAGAGGUCUUGAAGAAUCAGGUGAAAUUUGUGGAUGCACAGGUGAAAUAGGUCCACAAUGCCCUGAUAGUCCUUCUCAUAUUCGAUGUUGUGUGGAUUCAUGCUCCCAAGAACUUAAAAUGGAUUUGGGAUUCGUUCUAGAUGCUAGUGGUAGCAUCGGUGCGACUGAUUUUCAAAAGCAACGAAUAUUUGUUGGUCAGUUACUUCGGCAAGUUAAUGUUGGUCCAAAUAAAACACAUGUUGGUAUUGUCAAGUAUUCAAGUAACGCCCAAGUUUUGACAUAUCUUAAUAGGGAUUAUACUGUCGAUGAAAAGAUUCGAGUAGUUAAUACAUCAGUAUACAAUGGAGGAAGUACGCAAACGUCUGCAGCUCUUCAAGCAAUGGAUAGAGUUUUUUCUUUAAGCAAUGGCCUUCGAAAACUAGAAGAAGGUGCAUCACGGGUCAUAUUUGUAAUAACUGACGGAGCAAGUGACAAUCAAGAUGAUACUAUAAAUGCGGCUGCAGUUUUAAAAGACCAAGGUAUUCAUUUGGUUAGCGUUGGAGUAGGCUCAAGUCUCAACCUCAUUGAAUUACAUGCUAUUUGUACACCACCAAUGACGGAGAAUUACUUUCCAAUUGUUAACUAUGCGGCGCUGGAGCAAAAAAUAAAUCAGUUUACAUCAAAAACAUGUUCAGAGCCGGUUCCUCUACCAGGAAAUACAACAGUAAAUGGCACUAUUGGUAAAGAUAAAUAUAAAUUUUUAAAAAUUAAAAUUGAAAUAAUUGGUAACAAAAUAAAGAUCACACUCAAGUUGUUUAAUGGUAAAGUCAAGCUUUUUUAUUCUUUCAAUACUCGAAAUCCGAAAGACCCACAAGAUUUUAUUGAUUAUGAAACAAAGACAUCAAGUUUUUAUGAAAGAUUUAUUUCAUUAUUCAAAUCGCAUUCAAUGGAAACACGCGCGUCCAGUGAUGAAAUGGAAAUAGUGAUUAGCCAACCCGAUACAAACUCAGAGUUUCUCUAUGUUGGUGUCAAAGGAGUCGAAGAUGAUAAUUCGUUCGAGGUUAAAUUUGAUGAUUGUCAAUCGGUUAUAUGCAAUGUCGGCACAUUAAAAUCACCAAUCAAUCUUAUUAGUAUGAUUAUUUUAAUUAUUUCUACUCUUUUAUUUCGUCCAAGCUGA